AUGUCCACAUUUAACGGCCAGCUCCUCUUGUCAUCCUACAUCCUCACCUUCUUAAUUGGCCUACCUGCCAACAUCCUCGCAUUCUUCACUUUCUGUCGCAAGGUUCACCGCAAGCCCACCCUCAUCGACAUUCUCCUGCUAAACCUGACGAUAUCUGACACGAUCUUCCUCGCGGUCCUGCCUUUCAAGAUGAAGGAGGCUUUUGAUAACAUGAUCUGGAAGCUGCCCUAUUACCUGUGUCCCAUUAGCAGUUUCCUUUUCUUCUCCACCAUCUAUACCAGCACAUUAUUUCUGACAGCGAUCAGCAUGGAGCGCUACCUGGGAGUCGCAUUUCCAAUCCGAUAUGCGCUUGGUCGCCGACCACGCAACGCUGUGAUUGCAAGUUGCUUCCUCUGGCUUCUGGGCUCUCUGAACCUAAGCAUUGUGUACAUUGUGCCAUUCAUACACUCAAGUAAUGCCAGUAACUCUAACAAAAGCGAGAUAGAGUGGUCCAAUCCCAUGGUAUUAACGUGCUAUGAUAACUUCACCACGGAGCAGCUGCUCAUUCUACUUCCUGUUCGUCUGGAGCUAUUUCUCAUGCUUUUCUGUAUACCCUUCCUCAUCUGCUGCUUCUGUUACAUCAACUUCAUUCGAAUUCUGUCCAAUCUGCCCCGCCUCGGUCGACGUCGUAGACUCAGGGCCAUUGGACUGGCGGUAGGGACACUGCUGGUUUUCACCAUAUGUUUCAGCCCCUAUAAUGUCUCACACGUGGUUGGUUUUGUUCGUGGGGACAGUGAGUGGUGGCGUCACUUUGCUUUAAUCUCCAGUACGCUAAAUGCCUGUUUGGACCCCAUUAUAUUUUACUUUUCCUCGGCUGCUGUUCGAAGUGCUAUGAAAGCAUGUGGCAUGGGUCUGAGGGAGAAAAUGCACAUUAUAUGCAGAAAUGCUCAGUGUUGUCCUCUGCUGGGACCCUCCAGAAUUGAGGCCUGCAGGGACACAAAUCCACCUUUUGACCAGAGAUAA